AUGAUCUUCUUCGAAAUAGACCCCAGCAAAUCGUUUAUACUGGAUUGGAGAAGACGUAUUGGCAUCAUCGAAGGGACAACUUUGGGGCUUCUGUAUCUCCAAGAGUACUCAAGAAUGACAAUUAUUCACAGUGACAUAAAAGCUAGCAACAUUUUACUGGAUGAAGAGAUGAAGCCUAAGAUAUCAGAUUUUGGCAUGGCUAGAACUUUCAUGAAACAUGAACUUGAAGCAAAUACAGACCUGAUAGUUGGAACAUAUGGUUAUGUUCCUCCAGAAUAUGUUAAGAUGGGUGUCUACUCCACUAAAUCUGUUGUUUAUAGCUUUAGAGCCUUGCUUCUACAAAUCAUUAGUGGAAAGAGAAAUGCUUAUUAUUAUGGUUUGGAUGAAAGCCUAAACCUCCUAGACUAUGCAUAUGAGCUAUGGAAAGAAGACAAUGGCAUGGAGUUUAUGGAUCCAAUUCUGGAUGAUACAACUUCAUCUUUGAAAUUAAUUAGAUGCAUGCAAAUUGCUCUUUUAUGCGUCCAGGAAACAGCAAAAGAUAGGCCAUCCAUGUUGGAAGUUUCCUCAAUGCUAAAAAAUGAAUCUGCAGCUCUAACAAUUCCCAAAAAGCCAGCUUUUUCAAGAAAAACAGAUGAAGAUCAGGAAGAUAAGCCCCCAUAUUGGAGCAAGAAAUUUGUUCCGAUUCUAUUGCUACAAUCUCAGAACUGGUAG